AAUUCGGGCAGUUUGGGUUGGGUCACGUGCUUUUCAUUAAGACGUAUGAGUGCGUAGUGUGUAAUGUGGAUGGGUAUUGCUUUUGAGUUUGUGUCUGCGUGUUUGUGCGGGUGUGUGCUUUUCCAUGGGUUCAGUUGGUUCAAAGCUCAUGUCAUCACUCUCGAUGGUCGCUGUUGCCAUUAAAAAUAUUUUGAAGGUAACAAUAGUACGUAGAGAUUGUUCCAUAUAAAGGGUAUCCAGCAUGGGAGAUUGAAAUCACUAGAGCUCAAGUAAACUAGUUAGUAGUAUACUGCAGGAAUUUUAUGAUAACAAACGAAGGAAAGGAUGAAUGUAAUAUCUCAAGUGGAAGCACCGGAGGAGAAGACUGUGGAUCGUGAGAAGGUGUGUCCGCUUUUGUUACGAAUAUUUUGUGCAAACGGACGGCAUAACCCGUUGUCGGAAUAUGGACGUGGCAGUACCCCAGCUAACGAACUACAGAUUUAUACUUGGCUGGACUGCACCUUGAGAGAACUAAUGUCAUUGAUCAAGGAGGUGAAUCCAGAUGCUCGGCGUCGUGGCACUACGUUUGACUUUGCAGUCGUAGCUCCAGACCGCUUCACUCCGCGAUAUGUGAUGAGGGACAUCGGCAACACAAUGAACGGGCAACGUGGUGUGGACGACAAUAAGACGUUAGCAAAUUGCAAAUUUGAAAUUGGUGAUUUUAUCGAUGUGGCAAUUACAUUGCCAGGCAUUGGGCCUGUUGGACCGAUAUUACGGCGCAGUGGAGGAUUACCAAUCCGAGAUCGAUCCCCAGUACGGCGAAGGGUUUACUAAGUUAGCUUUAUACUUUGUAUGCAUUUUCGUUAACAAUACAUUCUGUAUAAUGACCUGCAUUUGCUGAAGGAUUAAAUUGUUUUUACAUGUUGCUUGUGGAAAUAAAUUUUUGAAUGAUGCAGAACAAAAUUCCACUUUUGGACAAUUAUUUAGCUUACUCAUCAUAGUGGUCAUGUGUAUUAUUCAUUAUUAGAAAUUGCUGCCCAAACAAAGGAACUUCGCCAAUCAACAUUUAAGCGGAAAAGUUCGCGUAAAAUACACGAUUAGCAUUAGAGAUUCUUGGUUUUAAAUUCUUUAUGAAUUUUAUCGUCACAGCAUUGUCGUGCUUUGCAGUUCAUUGUUGUACAUCACGAUAAAAUCACUUUAUUGUCUACAAAUCAAUAUAUAGGCUUAUACUGAAAAAUUGUUAAAUUUAUUGAUAAAAGAUUUAAUGUUUUUA